GUGAUGUUAGAAGCCCAUAAUAAUCUCCAGAAACUGGAAUAAAGGGCGCUGAUCGGUGAUUUAGCGGCGUACAGUCACAACUCACAACAGCUGCACGACAAUGGCUCGAUUAUUCAUCCUAUCCAUUUCUCUGGCGGAGUGGCAAAAGAUGAAGAUGACACAUAGCUAGGAGCGAUCAUCACCGUAACCCACCGCUCGGUGCUGGACUGACCAAUCCAACUUCAAGAACAGGAGAUUCCGCCUCUGCUUCACAACAGGAAUGCACGGUCGGCACCAUCAGAUUCAAGCCGGACCCCGGAAAGGGUUAAAGCCGCUGACUUGGAAGCUGGUUCCUUGGCGAUUUGUAGGAUUUGCUUGGAAUCUGUUGUAAACGGUGGCGAGAAUGUCAUAUCUCCAUGCUUAUGCAAGGGUUCACAACAGUUUGUGCACCGUCAAUGUCUAAACUCUUGGCGGUCCAUAAGAGAAGGAUUUGCAUUUUCGAACUGUACUACCUGUCGGGCUUCAUAUCAUCUGCGAUAUGUAGAGUUAGAGGACAAACCUUGGUGGAAUAUGAAGCACCGAAUACUUGUGGCCAGGGAUGCCUUCAUUAUGUUUGUGUGUGUACAGAUUCUGAUUGGGGUGUUUGGUACCCUUGCCGGUUUCAUGGAUAGAAAUGGAAGUUUUCGGGAUGCAUUUAAUGACUCUCGGAAGCAAAUAUUUUCUAGACAUCCGGUUUGCUUCUAUUACAGUACAGGAGCAAUUGCAGUUUUUCUUCUUGUUGGGAUUAUUGGUUUUGCAUAUCAUUUAUGGGCUAUCGACACUGAGAACAGGGAAGAGUUCCGGAAUGCAUGUUUGGGUUGGAUUAUUUUGGAAUGUUUUUUGGCAUCAUCAGAAACAUUCAUUCCUCUGGCUCUUGCUUUAAUAUCUGCCUUUACUAUUUUUGGUGUUGCAUAUGGUUACUUUUUGGGUACAUUGGCCUACCAUAAAAGCUGGCAGAAACACCGUGAUGUUCUCUCAAAGCGAAGCCUUACAGAGGUCCAUUUCACCUUUCUUGAUUUAAAUAACAAGGCAGUAGAAGUAGCAUGUCAUGUAGCAGUUCAUAUUAUGUUUUUCUCUUUGACCAUUGAAUGUUGGCCUACCCCAAAGUCUUUUGGGACUAAGGCUUGGAUGUUGUUGUUGACAAUUGAAUGUUGCAGGAGUACAUAGUGGAGGAUCUUCAUGGCUAUUACUUUGCACCACCAAAAUUGGACCCUGAACAUGAAGAACGCUUGAGAGCACUUAAACUUAUGUAGGCAUGCAAAGUUGGGUGAUUUUCUCUUUGAGUAUGUGAUUAAUUUGUUUUGUAGCAGCCGAUUAGUUGUUUAAGUUAACCUAUUUUGACAUGGUUAGUUCAUAGAGGGGGAAGUUGAGAACCUGUUUAUGUCAUUUCAUGGUUCUUGCCAGUGAACCUUUUCCUUUCAUAGAAUUAUAGAUGAUGAUGAAUAUUACCUUUUAAAUAACAAUGCACCCAUUUGUAAUGUUUUGUUUUAUUUGAAGAGAUAGAAAGUCAUUUAG